UACAAGCAUAUUGUAUGUGUCAAAUAUUAUCUCUUUAACAUAAAAAGGGCCAAAGCUAGCUAGGUUCAUUAAAGAACCUCACACCAAACCAUUCAGCAAAAACAUUAAAGAGACCCCUGCAAGCUAGCUACUCAUCUUCCUGUUUAGUUGCAAUAAAUAACAAGUUCAGAAAUAUAUUAAGCAUUUAUAAGAAUUAAAAUGGAAGAGAAAAAAGAGAGUAGAUCAGCUUAUAAUGAAAUUAUCACCAAGAAUCCAAUGUUUUACUUACAAGAAGGCAUUAAAGCUAUUCUAAAAUGCCUUGGUUUUGAAUCUUCAAAACUUGUUCAUCAAGCAUCAUCGUCAUCGUCGUCAUCAUCGUCUUCUUCAAGUAUGUCAGAUACUAAUAAAAAAGAAGAAGAAGAGAGUGAAAAACAAGAACAAGAGUGUGUGUUGUUCCAAGAAGAUGGUAAUAAGCAAGGUUCAGAUUCAACAAAUGAUAAUUACAAGAAUGACCCUCCAGUUGAAAAUGAUGAUGAAGAUCCACCUCAAUCAGAGACGCUUAUAUUAGCAACAGAAAGGAGGGGAAGACCACCAUCAAGACCUAAAGUUGGCAGUGGACCUCCUCCUCAGAACAAUUAAAUAAUUAGUUGACAAUAUAUCAACACUUAAUUUAGUUGAAGGUCAUUUUAAUCGGUAAAUUAUUUAGAAUUUCGAAAGAUAAACUUGUUUAUUUCCAAGCCAUGGCACUAGAUAGACAUAUAUAGUCGUAGUAAUCGGCCCAAAAUGUCUCUGCUCUUCAUAUGGUCAAUUUUUAUAUCAAGACUUAGGUCUAGUCGUAUUGCUCUUU